AGGAGAUGACCAGAGACUGUGGACACAGUACAGGAGAUGACCAGAGACUGCGGACAUAGUACAGGAGACGACCAGAGACUGCGGACACAGUACAGGAGACGGUCAGAGACUGCGGACACAGUAUAGGAGACGACCAGAGACUGCGGACACAGUACAGGAGAUGACCAGAGACUGCGGACACAGUACAGGAGAUGACCAGAGACUGCAGACAGUACAGGGGAUGACCAGAGACUGCGGACACAGUACAGGAGAUGACCAGAGACUGCGGACACAGUACAGGAGACGACCAGAGACUGCGGACAGUACAGGAGAUGACCAGAGACUGCGGACACAGUACAGGGAUGACCAGAGACUGCGGCCACAGUACAGGAGAUGACCAGAGACUGCGGACACAGUACAGGAGAUGACCAGAGACUGCGGACACAGUACAGGAGAUGACCAGAGACUGCGGACAUAGUACAGG